CAGGCACCACUGUACCCGACGGUCGGACACUCUGGCCCCGAUCCCGGGGAUCCAUCGCCACCCCAACCCCUACAGGUCGGGAAACCGAGAGGCCCGCGUGCGACUUACUCCACAAACGCCCUGGAGCAGAGGCAGAGGAUGCAGGAGCCCUCCCGCAGGUCUUCAAGGAAGAGACACAUCUCCGCCACGGAGCUCCACUUCUCGCAGUACAUCGUAGCGCCUCAGAAGAGGCGGCCACGCGGCAAACAGCGCGGGAGGGCGUCCCGGCCGCUGUUCGGCUGCUGGGGACCGAGGGCAGGACUGGAGGCGCGCCCGGCUGCCGGGGAAGGACGGGCCCAGGAUCGCUCCAGCACGAGAGCAAGAGAGAAGCCGCAGACGGAAGUGGUUCCGGCGGUGGGGACACAGGAAGGGACGGGGCGACGGGCGGUGUCACACUCAACGCUGCUCGGGCUGCAGCCGGCGCUUGGCUUUUUCCUUCCUGGUCUUUCGGGGAGAACGGCCGUUCGAGUGCCUCCGCUUCCCCGGGUGAGCCACCGAGGAGCUCCCGCCGCUGCUGCGGGGUGAGGGCGAGCCGAGCCCCCUCUGCUUGCUGCCCGAGCUGCCUACCGACCAUCUCCAUGUGGAUGUCCAGUAGAAUCUUAACGUGUUCAGACCUGAAUUCCUGAUGGCCAGGAAUUCCUGGGGUGUCUAAACCUGUUCUUCUGGCAAGUCCGUCCUCUCACAAGCGAGCUAACGAUGAUGAUGAUGAUGAUGAUGAUGAUGAUGAUGAUAGUAACACUUGUUUAGUGCCUUUAUGGUGGAAGGCACUCUUCUAAGCUUUUUUUCACGACAGUCUCAUUAGAAUAGAGACAUUGAAGCUUGGAACAAGAUAUUUAUCUAAUUUCUGAGGCUAAAUUAAAGACCUGCCAUGACGUCGAAGAAAGAGACUGAAUUUGUCAUUUUCACCUAAAGAAAAAUGAUAGACAAAAACCAAACCUGUGGUACAGGACAGGAUUCCAUGCCCUACAUGACUUGUCUGAUCCACGUACUUGAAGAAUGGUUUGGUGUGGAGCAACUGGAGGACUACUGGAAUUUUGCAAACUAUCUCUUGUGGGUUUUUACACCACUCAUACUUUUAAUACUUCCUUACUUUACUAUCUUUCUUCUCUACCUUACUAUUAUUUUCUUACACAUUUAUAAGAGGAAGAAUGUAUUAAAAGAAGCUUACUCUCAUAAUUUAUGGGACGGUGCCAGGAAGACGGUGGCAACGCUAUGGGAUGGACACGCGGCCGUCUGGCACGGUUAUGAAGUUCAUGGGAUGGAAAAAAUACCAGAAGAAGGACCAGCACUGAUCAUUUUUUAUCAUGGAGCUAUUCCCAUCGAUUUUUACUACUUCAUGGCUAAAAUUUUUAUCCAUAAAGGCAGAACUUGCCGAGUAGUAGCUGAUCACUUUGUUUUUAAAAUUCCAGGGUUUAGUUUAUUACUUGAUGUAUUUUGUGCUAUACAUGGACCAAGAGAAAAAUGUGUUGAAAUUCUGCGGAGUGGUCACUUGUUAGCUAUCUCACCAGGUGGUGUUCGAGAAGCCCUGAUUAGCGAUGAGACCUACAACAUCGUGUGGGGUAAUCGUAAAGGCUUCGCUCAGGUUGCAAUUGAUGCAAAAGUGCCCAUUAUUCCUAUGUUUACACAAAAUAUUCGAGAAGGAUUUAGAUCCCUUGGCGGAACAAGGUUAUUUAGGUGGCUGUAUGAGAAGUUCCGCUAUCCGUUUGCUCCAAUGUAUGGAGGUUUUCCAGUGAAGUUACGCACCUAUUUAGGUGACCCCAUUCCGUACGAUCCAAAGAUCACAGCAGAAGAACUAGCUGAAAAGACGAAGGAUGCUGUUCAAGCUUUGAUUGAUAAGCACCAAAGAAUACCCGGAAACAUUAUGAGUGCUUUGCUAGAACGUUUUCAUAACAAACAAAAGAUCAACUAGAAGACUCUUUAAUACAUUUAUAUUAAUAUGUUUAUGUCUGUAGGACGGUCUUCAAAAUUUUGUGGGUUCUAUAAUUAGUAUUUUUUAAAAACUCAUGUUAAUAAGUAUCUUUCACUAAACUUGUUUAACAUUGUAUUGUCAAUUUUGUUUCUGCAAUCUGUUGUGUCACAUUUAAACAAUAACUCGUUACAUGCCUAAUUAUUCAGAAAAGGAUCAUGGUUCUUUGUAUAAUUUCCUAAUAAUGUAUCAUAAACAUAGAUUCAUAAAGUUAAGUUUAUUAAUAACAGCAAUGGAGGUUAAAGAAACAUUCCUAAAUAAUGCAUCUAGUUUCUGUAUCCCUUGCCCCGAGCUAGUUCUGCAAGGUGGCAUAGCCUAGGGUUCAGUACAGACACUUCAGUUAGGAACAAACAUGCUCUUUCCUCUGGCCCUCAUUCCUUCCAUGACCUUGGGCAAAUCACACAAUGUUUUUAUGCCUCAACAAUUCAAUUUUUAAAAACAUGUUAAUACUUUGAUAAGGAACAUUGUUUUAAAUUCUUUAUAUUCGCUGCGAUUGAUAACUGUAGAACGAAAUUGUAACUGAAUUAGUUAAACAAUAGCAACAUCUUUUAGAAGUUUAUAUAUAUAUUUUGUCCAUAGGAUGUUUAAAUGAUUCCUUCAGGUAUGAUGUCAAGUUGCCAAGGACAAUGAAAAUGAUGUACUCUUUUUCAAAUUGAGUAAAAAAGAAAUUAGGGAAAGUAAAAUUUCUAAUUAUUGUUAUUAUUCUUUC